AUAGAAAAGUCCACACUCUCUUUGCCGUCUCGACGCACGCACGCGGAAAACUUAAUAACGCAAACGAAAUUUUUCAAAGUAACUUUCAUUCGAGUGUACCUACUGUGAAUAUAUUUCUGUAGUAAAGCACGUCCAUUCACGAUGAAAUUACGACUUCAAGUGGCGGCCAUUUUGUUUUUUGUAGCGACUUUUUGUGAAGCAUGUGAUGAUAUGGCUGUUUAUAAAGUUACUAUCAAGUUCUUAUGGAGUGAGGAUACUUUUCCGAAGGAUUACCCAUUGGUUCGACCUAAAGCGCAAUGGUCUUCAGUCUUUGGUCAAUCCCACAACUCAUCGCACGUUUUAUAUCGUGUUGGAGACGUAGCCAAAGAAUCCCUCAGAGCCUUCGCUCAGUACGGAAAGCUUGAUAGCUUAAUAGCUGAAGGUGAUGAUGAUCCGCAGGUAUACGAUCAUUUCUCUGCACCGCCCGUGGGCCAGGGCGUUGGACAAAGUUCCAAUAUGGUAUUUCUGGAUGAAGGACACACUAUGAUAUCAGUGGUGUGCCGUUUAAUACCAUCACCAGACUGGUUCAUUGGAGUUGACAGGGUGGAUCUGUGCGUGGACUCAUCUUGGGUUGAAGAGCUCACUCUUGAUCUGGAGCCUCUAGAUGCUGGUGCUGCCAGUGGCCUGACCUUCACAGCACCACGCUGGGAGACCGUCCCCCCAGAACCAGUCACCAGACACGGACCUCGUCAGCCAAACCACCCAGCUGCUGGAUUCUAUUAUCCUAAUUUGAGAGAGCUUCCUUCAAUAGCUAAGAUUGAAUUUGUCAAGCUAAAAGAAUAUUCAGCAAAAGAACUAAAUAAUCUAGCACGUAAGGAACUCCUAGAUAGUCUAAGAUUGAAGGACAGGAAGAAAGGCAUGCCGCGUAAAACUGAUCGACAAGUACACAAUGAGAUCACUACGAAGAGUUCCAUUGAUCAGCUAAAAGACCUGGAAGAGGAUCCAGUUGGGACUCCCAGGUCGAAUAUUCCCGACAACAAUGUGAUUGUUGUCACACAGUCUCCGAUUACAACAACAGAAAAAGAAUUCGACGUAAAUCUAAAGAGUAUGGACGAUGUCGUACUAGCGGUAGCUAAGGGCAAGAAGCUGGGACUCGGUAAACAUUUGCCACGACAUUUCCGAUCCAGGUUGCAUCAUGCAGUCAAUAAGAUUCAGCCUAACGAUUGCCUAGUGUCCGAAUGGAGUGACUGGAGUCCGUGCUCGGUAACUUGUGGGUUUGGUGACAAGUUCAGAACACGACAGGUAUUGAGGCAGAAGACAGGAAAGGGCAGGGAAUGUCCCGCCCUGAGAGACAGGAAACACUGCGGAAACAUUAACUCUUGUGCCCAUAUUGACUAUUUUGAAUGGUGAUCUAUUAUGUAAUUGAAACCAUAGAUAUUUGUACAAAUGAUUUUUUUUUUUAAUAAAUAGAUAUAAAAAUACAAAGAUGCCUUAUCUACAUGAGUUAUAAAGAA